AUGGAAAGUAGUAACAACAGUCUUUUCUCUGGAUUCAUUCUACUGGGCUUCUCCAAUAGACCUCAGCUGGAAACUGCUCUCUUUGUGGUCAUCCUGAUCAUCUACUUUUUGAGCUUUCUAGGCAAUGGAACAAUUAUACUUUUGUCAAUUGUAGAUCCUCGCCUUCAUACCCCUAUGUACUUCUUCCUCUCCAAUCUGUCUUUUAUGGAUCUUUGUCUGACUACUUGUACUGUCCCUCAGACACUGGCCAACUUUAAGGGGAAAGAUAAGACAAUCACCUAUGGUGGUUGUGUAACACAGCUCUUCAUUGCUUUAGGACUUGGGGGGGUAGAGUGUGUCCUCCUCUCUGUGAUGGCUUAUGACAGAUAUGCGGCUGUGUGUCGCCCACUCCACUACAUGGUGAUCAUGCAUCCCCAGCUUUGCUUGCAGCUGGUUGUAACUGCUUGGCUUACAGGGUUCAGCAAUUCGGUAGUACAGACAGCAUUGACUAUGACUCUUCCUCUCUGUGGUAAAAACCAAGUGGAUCAUUUCUUCUGUGAAGUUCCAGUAAUGCUGAAAUUGGCCUGUACCAACACUUCUGUCAAUGAAGCUGAGCUCUUUGCUGUCAGUGUCAUCUUCCUGGUAGUGCCUCUGUCCCUCAUUUUAGUGUCCUAUGGCCACAUAACCCAUGCAGUCCUGAAGAUUAAGUCAGCUCAGGGGAGGAGGAAAGCAUUUGGAACCUGCGGUUCUCACCUAAUGGUAGUAAUUAUUUUCUUUGGCACACUUAUUUCCAUGUACCUCCAGCCCCCUUCCAGUUAUUCACAGGAUGUGAACAAAAGCAUUGCUCUCUUCUAUACUCUAGUAACUCCACUACUGAACCCACUUAUUUAUACUUUGAGGAACAAGGAAGUCAAAGGGGCACUAAGGAAACUAGUGAGAAGAAACAUAGAUUGA